AUGUCUUCCGAAACUCCUGAGUCUAAAAAACCCUUCGCCUCGAAGCUCACGGCUUGGGGCUCAUCCCCAAUUCCUUCUAUGACCCUCCUAACCCUAAUCACCUCCCUCCACGCUCGUCCCUUCCGCCCGCUCCCGAUGCUCUUCCCCCCGCUCCUCGCCUUCAGCAGCUACCUUACCCUGGCGGGCUUCAAGAUCGACGGUGCGGGCAUGACCGCCGCCUGGAGCGGUAUAUUUGAGGGGAGUGGUGCGGUUCGGGGCGACGACACUGGCCGUAGUGAAUUGUAUGGCGGGCGUGUGGGUUUAUGCGACUGGGGAUAG